CGCACUCGCGCACUCGCCUACGCCUCAUUUCCUGGUAUAACUCAUCGAAAUCCGAGUUCGAGAAUAAAACUGUGUUGGUUCGCCCUUCUGUAUGGAAACAUGGCUCGCGAGUAUGACCACCUGUUCAAGCUCUUAAUCAUAGGAGACAGUGGUGUAGGAAAAAGCAGUUUGUUGCUACGGUUCUCAGAUAAUACCUUUUCAGGUACAUAUAUAACAACUAUAGGGGUGGACUUUAAGAUUAGAACUGUCGAUGUAAAUGGAGAGAAAGUCAAACUACAGAUCUGGGAUACAGCCGGACAAGAACGAUUCCGCACAAUCACAUCAACAUAUUACCGAGGAACCCAUGGUGUCAUAGUGGUUUAUGAUGUCUCCAGUGGAGAUUCCUUUGCUAAUGUGAAACGUUGGCUGCAUGAAAUCGACCAGAAUUGUGAUGUAGUAAACAGAAUUUUAGUGGGAAACAAGGAUGAUGACCCAGACAGGAAGGUUGUACUGACCCAAGACGCCCAGAGAUUUGCGGAACAAAUGGGGAUACAGCUGUUUGAAACUAGUGCCAAGGAAAACAUCAAUGUAGAGGAGAUGUUUAUUGGAAUAACAAAGCUAGUUUUAGUAACCAAGAAAGAACAAAUGAAGAAAGCUGCAGAUCAACCACAGGAAGAUAGAGGGGGCAUCCAUUUGACACGAGGAGGAGGAGGCUCAAAGAAAAAGAAAUGCUGCUAAACUUAACUGUCUGAGUGUGAUGUAUAUUGAAAAGGAAGAAAACCAUUGUUAUCUGUUGUCCAGGAUAUAGAAUGAUACUUAUAUAGAAAGACUGAAUGUCAAAUGUCUAAAGAGGAAUAUGACUAGUUCAUCUCAUAGAUGUCAGAUACAAUAAUAUUAUAGUGAAAGCAAAUAUUGUAUUUAAGAGAAAUAACUGAAAUUCAUCCAGUGUAGAUCAUUAUUACAUCAACAUUGUUCUCUUUAGCAUAUUUAUAAAUGGUUACAAAAACUACGUGUGUGUCACAAUGAUGAAUUAGCAAAAGUGCUUUAUAUUAUGAAAAAUAUCUGUUACGUUUGGAUUGCUGUGAUGACAACAUUAGACUUAUCACAUGGGUCCUGGACAAGUCAAGGUGUGUAUGAGAGGUAAGAGAGAGUGGGCACGAGAGAUUGUGUUGUAUACUGUAUUUAUAAUGUUAAUAAAAAACUUUAUGAGAAUGUAAAAAAUUACAAUUAAACUUGUGUAAAUAUAUAUAUAUCAUUGUAUAGUUAAAUAUCUCGGUGUACAAUAAUGUGAAGCUAGUUGUGUUGUAUUAUAAUACGAGACAUUCGUGAUAUAAAUAGAGAACUGAGUGGAGAGCGACGACUCGCUUAUUGUGAAAUUUUAUCUGUAAGAUGUAUAGCACGCUUCAGUGUACAGCUAGACAUAUUUGUCAAUGAUAACAAGUUUGAACGCCUGAAAUAUGUAUGUAUAAAUUCAUACAGACAGACAGUUAUUUGAUACAGUGAACAAAAUAUUUGUAUCAUACAUAAAUUGGAGGAAAAAAAAAUUGGUCGAAGAAUUGCUUUUAAUUUUAUUGCCAAAUGAAUUCUUUAAGUAUUGAUAUCAAUGAUGAUUUAUUACG